GGCAAUUCAAUGUACAAGGGGAACAGCUAGAAUUGUUGAGAUAGGUGGAGAAUAUCCAGGAAGUUGGUCGGUUGAUGAGCACGAUGGACGACCGAGAGAGGACCGUCGUCACCCAUUACAACAUACCAACCGCCAACCCGUCAGAAUGGCCCAAGGAGCUGGAUGAGAGUGACGAUGAAGCUCCGGACGCCAUCGGCAUCAGACGCUCUCGGUCACGUUACUCUGCUCUGGAAAGAACUGCGAGUGAGAGGAACAGUAUACUGCCUGGAUCUCAGCAGACCAAGGAUGGUCGAGCGAACCUGGUCUCCAAGGAUGAGCAGGAUCCCUUGGGAGCUCAUCAAAGCGUCAUGAACACUCUGAGGCGCGCGGGCAUGAAAGUGGAUGAAGAUACACGCCUGCGAAACAGAUUCAUGCUCUCCUCGACCACGUUUUCGCCUGGCAUGUUUCUGUCAGUAGCACACCGCGAAGCUUCCACCGAGGACCUCCUGCGAGGUCUGGAAUAUUUGUCCAGAUCCAUCGACCAAAAGUCGUCAUCGCUGAAAGCCUUGGUUGAAAACAAUUUUGAGCGUUUUGUCCGUGCUAAAGCUACCAUCGACAAUGUUUACACGGAGAUGCGGAAUCAGGGUGUCGAACCUGCUGAAGCCGUGCCACCAACAUCCCCAAGACACUCUCGCCGGACCAGUGGUAUACAUUUUCGAAAUGUUAGUAGCGGCAGUGCAGCCGGUAUGACUGCCCCCCAUCCACGGCCAAGCAAAAAUGCCCUUCGCAAGGAGACAGAUUAUGGUGUCCAAGGCAUCAGAGGACCACUUUUGGAGGUCUCACAGAAAGCAGAGGAUGUCUGGGGACCAGCUUUGGGUGGCAAGGAACGCGAAACGAAUCUGAAAGCCAUUGCGGAUGCCGUAGCCAAGGAUCGCGCUCUAUACGACCUGGGUUCGAACCUCAACUAUGCGAUCAAGCAAAAAGACUACGACAAAGUUGUUGAGCUCUAUGAUGCUGCUCGGCGAUAUGUUGCCGAAGCCAAGUCCUUAAGCGAGGGAGUAGUGCAAUACGGUCGCACACUCUCAGAUGACCAAAUACACAAAAUCUUGGCCAUUGGACGCAUGUGGACAGAUGCAGAGGAGCAAAUCAAGGCUCUGAAGAGGGAUGUCUGGCGAAGACUCUCUAAUGUCUCUUCGGCCUUGCCACUUCCUGGUGCGUCUCAAGCGGAGGAGCACAUGGAGCUCAUCAGAGUCUUGCUGCAUCUUGGUGUUGAAGAGAGCCCGAUCUGGGUAUUCCUCCUCAGCCGCUACGAUUAUCUCAAGAACAAGAUUGCUGCGGUCGUUGAAAGAUCGAAGAUCGAGAUUGAGAUUUUGCGCCGUCGACUUGCAGCUGGAGAGGCUCCAUCGUCAGAAAUUGUUGCGGCGUUCCUACGACAGGCGUCCAAAGAUCGGCCGGAAGCUCUUGAUACCGAAGAUGUCGUCGAUUUCUGGAAUUGUAUUCUGACGUAUCUGACCAAACUGCUGUCUCUGUCCAGUGGACUACUGGGAGAGGUCGUGGACUUUUGGGAGUCGGCCCAGUCGUUUCUCAAUUCUACCAAUCAGAAUAAUUUGCCGGCAGGUUGGGAGGGAGAAAGCAGAAAGCACCAUCAGUUAUCGGAUCCAGAAAUCAAUGCCUUGCGCAGUGGGUUGACUGAACUCGUAGGGCAGCUCAGAGACGCUGUAUUUUCACUCUUCGCCGAUCCUCCGACUGAGGAUAUCUCGUCGCUCUUCUCCCCAGCACCUGGCUCUGCUGGAACUCCGACGACUCCUCUUACUGGAACUACUUUCUCUCCGACAGAUGGUAGGAUCGGCGCGCUCGAUCCCCAAAACCUGCCAGCAGCCGCUGCGAAGAAGGGUGAGCCAUGGGAGGACUUCGCUUUCUGGCCUCCUCACUCCAACGCACUUAGUGCGGUACAGUAUCUCGAAAAGAUACUUGCUCUCGUCGGUGCUGCUGCGAAUGAAAUGAUUGCUCUCGGCCCCGUGAGCAACAACAAUGCAACAUGCGAGAAGAUCAAACUCAUGAUCAGUGGAGCUCGGGAGAGAUGUAUGCGUGCUGUCUGUGAAGCGUGGAGCAAAGACGCAGAAAGCUGCAAAUCACUCGAAGAUUGGGUGCGGGCGCCCGAGAAACGAGACCAAACCCGCAUGCCAGGCUAUUUUCAGGCAUUCGAACGGAAGAUCCUGCUCGGCAUGCAGCAGGUAUUGUACUUUUCGAAUGCGAACACAAAGCCAGGAAGCCGAGACAUCAUCACUCCGCCAUCAACGAAGCUGUUGCAAAUGGUUCGAACACAAUUCGUGAGCAGCGUCUACAAAGCCGUCAGCGGCAUGCUCGAAAAUGCAGAAGCCUCGAGACAGGGCGACGAGGACGACUGGGUUCUUGUAACAAGCUUGGACUCUAUUACUGAUGGCGCGGCACCAAACGAAACGGUUACGCAAGAUGCUAUCAAUGCAUCAAGUCGGAAUGUCCGCAUGCUGCUGACCAUGUCGAACCUGAAGGCCCUGCGCAACGAGCACGUGCCGUCUCUUAUUCAAGUCUUUGAGUCAUCCUUCUCCGUCAAACUCGCCGAAGAGUCCAAGACCAUCAGGGAUGUGUUUGGCCAAAUCGACGCAAAACUGUUCCACUCAUACACACGACCUAUGGUAGCCACAUUAACCAAGAUCAUCAAAGACGGCAUCAAUGCGCCCGACUGGGCCCCGAAUACGUCUCGUCCCGAUCAGGUCCGACCGUAUGUCUACGCGACAUUGAUGACGCUAGUCAUGAUGCACACGGAAGUAUCUACCACGGUGUCGAGCACAGGCUCGAGCAGUCCUCUCCUCAGCGAGAUAUUGUCGUACUUGCUUGAGAACAUCUCCCAAGCCCUCCUCGACGGCUUCAAAGAGCGCAAGCCGAACACAUAUACCCUGCCCGCUCUCAUGCAAGCCACGCUAGACACCGAGUUUAUAGCGCAGACAAUGACGCAUUACGCCACUUCCAAGGCUGGGGAGAUCCAGGGUCAAAUAUACACCGAGCUGGACAAGCGCACGACAAAUGAAGCUAGAACAAGGCUGCAGCAGGAACUCGGCGACAUGCGGAUCGUGCUUAAGAAGCUUCGCGACGGAAGCAGGAAUAGUUUCGGCUGUUUCAAGAAGCAGCGAACGUCGGAUAAGGAGCGCGGCCGUCCGGAGAGAAAGGCGACUGGAACAUAGAACGGCUCAUCCAGGAUCACUUUCAUGAAAGUAACUCCGUAUGGUGAAGGUGGAACAGAUCA